CCUAAGCUAGCUUCCUAGACAGCGACGAGGGGAAGGAAGGGAACAAAAGGGUACAUUUUUAAAAGACACAUUGAUCACCCCGGAAAGAGUGAACAGUCAACCAGAAGAAGAGAUGGCACACCUACGAGACAUGCAGAAUCAGAACUCCAGGUUGGAUCCUGAGGAGUACUUCACCAAGCAAGAGCGCAUUGGCAAGGGCUCCUUUGGGGAGGUCUACAAAGGCAUCAACAACCGCACCAAGGAGGUGGUGGCCAUAAAAAUCAUCGACCUCGAAGAGGCGGAGGAUGAGAUCGAAGACAUUCAGCAGGAAAUCACAGUACUGAGCCAGUGUGACAGUUCCUAUGUGACCAAGUAUUAUGGCUCGUACCUCAAGGGGACCAAGCUGUGGAUUAUCAUGGAGUAUUUAGGCGGAGGAUCUGCUCUGGAUCUGCUGCGUCCAGGACCUCUCGAAGAGACGUACAUUGCUACGAUACUGCGGGAAAUCCUGAAGGGGCUGGAAUAUUUGCACUUGGAAAGGAAAAUUCACAGAGACAUUAAAGCUGCCAAUGUGCUGUUGUCCGAACAGGGUGAAGUGAAGCUGGCUGAUUUCGGGGUGGCGGGACAGUUGACUGACACUCAGAUUAAGAGGAACACCUUUGUGGGCACACCUUUUUGGAUGGCGCCCGAAGUCAUCAAGCAGUCGGCCUAUGACUUCAAGGCUGACAUUUGGUCUCUCGGAAUCACAGCCAUUGAGCUGGCCAAAGGCGAACCCCCCAACUCGGAUUUACACCCCAUGAGGGUCCUCUUUCUUAUCCCCAAAAACACUCCCCCCACCCUGGAAGGAUCUUACAGCAAACCUUUUAAAGAGUUUGUGGAGGCUUGUCUAAAUAAAGACCCUCGUUUUAGGCCGACAGCCAAAGAGCUGCUGAAGCACAAGUUCAUCACGCGCUACACCAAGAAAACAUCCUACCUGACUGAACUGAUCGAUCGCUACCGCCGCUGGAAGUCCGAGGGUCACGGGGAGGAGUCCAGCUCGGACGACUCUGAUAUGGAUCCUGAUAGCGAUGUGGAUUCAUGCCCCAUGUGGACCUUCCCUACAGUCAGACCAAACUCUUUGAAUAAGUUACAGAAGGGCUACACACAUACUGACUCAGAGUCAGGAGAUUCUAUGAAAAGGCAACCCAAGUCACAGUGCUUGUCAGCUUUGGUCACGCCCAUCUUCAGAGAGUUAAAAGAGAAGCGGCGAGCGAGCGGCGGCGGAGUCGGCGCCAUCGAAGAGCUGGAGAACGCCUUUAACCUGGCAGAGGAAUCCUGUCCGGGCAUCUCCGACCGCCUUGUCACCCACAUGAUGGAGAGAGUGUGCAGGUUUUCUUUAAACGGCAACACCACGCCAUCUUCACGAUGAAUGUUUAACCCCACCCAACAAAUCAGACAGAGACCUCAGCAGCCCCCCCCCCCCCCCCCCGUUCUGCUUUUACAACCUACCCAAUCGUCAUCCCCUCCCCCAGAGAUCUUUUAUGUAGUUAUUAAAUAUUUUUACAAAUUUUCUUUGAGAGCGGAGAGUAUUUAAGACAAAGAAAGCCUCAGAAGUUAGCACGUCGGGUAUUCCUGUUAGACUGAAACAGUGUAAUAAACUC